GCAUUGGCUGACAAGCGCCUACACGCAGUUCGCGGUGCCCUACUUCAUCUACGACAUCUACGCCAUGUUCCUGUGCCACUGGCACAAGUACCGGGUGAAGGGGCACGAGGGCGCAGGGCCCCGCUCGCUACGCACCGUCACCUGCGCCUUCCUGCACAAGGAGUUCCUCAUGGUACUGCACCACCUCUGCAUGGUGCUGGUGUGCUUCCCCGUCUCCGUGCUGUGGCGCCAGGGGAAGGGCGAUUUCUUCCUGGGCUGCAUGCUGAUGGCCGAGCUGAGCACCCCCUUCGUCUGCCUGGGCAAGGUGCUCAUCCUGUACAAGCGGCAGCACACCCUGCUGCACAAGGUGAACGGGCUCCUCAUGCUGGUGACCUUCUUCUGCUGCCGCAUCCUGCUCUUCCCCUACAUGUAUUGGGCCUACGGGCGCCACGCCGGGCUGCCCCUGCACCGCGUGCCCCUCGCCUUGCCGCCCGCCUGCAACCUGGGCGCCGCCCUGCUCCUGGCCCCCCAGCUCUACUGGUUCGGCCUCAUCUGCCGUGGGGCCGCCCGCCUCUUCCGCCGGGCCCGGCCCAAGGACACCACCGCUGCCGCCCUGCGCAAUGGGCACGGCCCCGGGGGGCGGGCACUGGACUGAGCCCCUGCCCUGCCGACGGGCACGGCCCGGGGGGGGCGGGCGCUGGACUGAGACCCCCCCCGUGCCAUGGGCACUGCCCCGGGACAGGCACUGGACUGAGACCCCCCCCGUGCCAUGGGCACUGCCCCUGGGUCAGGCACUGGACUGAGACUCCCCGUGCCAUGGGCACUGCCCCGGGACAGGCACUGGACUGAGACUCCCCGUGCCAUGGGCACUGCCCCUGGGUCAGGCACUGGACUGAGACUCCCCGUGCCAUGGGCACUGCCCCGGGGCAGGCACUGGACUGAGACCCCCCGUGCCAUGGGCACUGCCCCUGGGUCAGGCACUGGACUGAGACCCCCCGUGCCAUGGGCACUGCCCCGGGGCAGGCACUGGACUGAGACCCCCCUGUGCCAUGGGCACUGCCCUGGGGCAGGCACUGGACUGAGACCCCCCUGUGCCAUGGGCACUGCCCCUGGGUCAGGCACUGGACUGAGACCCCCCGUGCCAUGGGCACUGCCCCUGGAGCAGGCACCGGAGUGAGCCCCUGCCCUGCCGACAGGCACAGCCCUGGGGGGCGGAUGCUGGACUGAGCCCCCACCCUGUGCAACGGGCAUGGCCCCGGGGGCAGGCAUUGGACUGAGACACCCCCCCCCGGUGCCAUGGGCACUGCCCCAGGGGCAGGCACUGGACGGAAACCUCCAAGCCUCCCUGCUCUGCACCAAGGGCGGCUGGUGGGGGGGGGGGCUCGCUGGCCUGAGACCCUCCCGCCUGCCUGGUGCAACGGGCACAGCUGGGAGGGGUGAGCACUGCAUGAGGGGCAGAGCGACAAGGCACUGGCCUCACCCCUUCCCCCGUGGUGGGCACAGGGUGAUCUGACACCCCCUGCCCGCGCCCACAGCCGCAGCUUCAAUCUUUUUAUUUAUUUAUUGGGGAGCCCCCGGGAAUUCUCCAGGGGCUGCAGCAGGAGGGAGUGGGGCCCCCAGUACCGCCCAGGGUGACCCCUCUGGGCAGUGCUCGGCUCAGACACCCCCCAGUCAUGGGGGAUGAGGUGCAAAUUGGGGGGUGAUUGUGCUGGGAGGCAGGGGCUUGGCCUGGAGAUUGGGGGACCCCUGGGAAUCUCAGGGGCUGCCCAGAGGAUGGGGGGGGAGGCAGACUCCACCAGCCGACAGGGUUUGGGUGGACUUGGGGACCCCCCACGCUGCCCCCCACUGUAGCAAUAACCAGGCAGCGGGUGGAGAACUGACCCCGCCCCCAACCCCUCACUGGGGCAGGAUAUAAAUGGGGGGGGUUAUAACCUGGGGGCUGCAAAGGAUUAAAGGAGACUUCAUCUAA